AUGAAUGUAGAACCGACGGCCUUGCGCCGUGAGGCGCGCGUCCGCAAGCAGGCGUUAGAAGAGGCUAUACGCGAUGCUUCAAUGCCAAUAACAUCAGGUCGCGUCUAUGACCCCUACCAUGGCCCGGUUGUGAAAGCACGACAAGCACUUCGGGCCGUGUAUGUGGCACUCCUCCUAUCAUAUCCAUUCACUCGUGCGGCACAACUGGUCGAUUCGAUGAUUUGGUCCGACACCACGUACAGUGUAGUCUCGUACUUACGGGGACGUCUUGCCAAGACACAGCAAGAAACGGGUGAGGCCACAAAUCCUACUUCUUGCCAGCAAGGCAGCGGGAAAGGUGAGAGAAGCAAGAAAGAACGCGGAAAAAGCAUAGGCAAGCCGAAUGACCAGAAACGGCUGACUCAGGUGCUUUUACGCUUCAUCACUGAAGAGCUUGAGUUUUAUCAAGAUACCAUUGUGCGCCUUGCACAGCUGUAUGCAUUGAAAGAAGCUCAGGAUGUCUUGGACACUCUAGGCAUUCGGGCCACAAUUGACGUCGAGGAUCCUGUCAAGGCGGAAGCGGCCAAGACACCAGCUCACCGGCAUCAGUUGUUCGAGAUCCUGCAGCGGAUGCUGACUUGCAUGGGCGAUCUGCUUCGGUAUCGUGAGCUGCACUCCGCGGCACGCACAUCGACCCAGGUGCACUACAAUUUCACGCGCGCAGUCUUGUUCUAUCACGAGGCUCAUACUCUGCUCCCUGACUAUGGCAAUCCAUCGAACCAGCUGGCUGUUGUAGCGAUCUGCGUGGGCGAUACAUUUGGAGCGAUGUACCAAUACUAUCGCGCUCUUUGUGUGCGAUCGCCGUUUGAAAACGCACGUUUUAAUCUGCAGCGUCUUUUUGAAAAAGCACUUCAGACGUGGACGUCAUCGCAACGGCGCGAUGAUGUCCUGCUGGCUUGGCGUCAGGCGGCUCUGGAGGAUAGCCCUGCGAUUCGUGUGCCGAUGCCAAUGAUUAGCGCACGAUGGGAAUCGGCGGCAGAUUUUUUGUGGUCAAUUGUCGAGUUUCACAGCUUGUGUUUUCUCCGAGCUGACUUCGACACGGCAUGCAUUUUAAACGAUGCCAUCCAGCGCCACUUGCUCCUCACUGUCGAUCUGCACGAACUGCGUGCUGUAGACUACUUACGUAUGCUAGUAUCGGGUAUGUGCGCAUCAUGGACGGCACGGCUGUGUCGGGCGCCAUUGCAUGAACGCCUACCCUUCUCUGUCGGUGCGCCUUAUUCCCGAUACAUCGACCAAGAUUUGCUCCACGAGUUUGUGCGCCAUGGAUGGGAGACUAUGCUUGUGUGUCACGUCCUGGGCAUCCUCACGGCGUUGCUCUCUGUGAAUCGGCACGAGCUAAUGAACUCGAUGCGUGCGUUGCCAUCGAAUCAGGAGCAAAAGCUCUUAGACAUCGGCCGUGUUCUUCGACGAACGCUUCCGACUGUGCGUAUCGGGCUAAAGUGGGUCAAGGGUCAUCUUGAAUACAUUGCAUCGUGCCGGACGUUUGCUGCGAUUACGGCCCAAGAUCUUCAAAACAUUGUGGACCAACAGGAGUCUGCAUCAUGCCUUGCCACGGAUUCCAUCGCCCGCUUUGCUUGCAUAGAACGCAGUGUUGAUGCGCGAAUUGCAUCGUUCUGGAGUUCGCUCAUUGACUUUGUCAACCUGCUACGAGCUGCCUACCCAUUUGACUUGCUACCGAAUGCCAAAGAAGUCGACGAUUCUGGUCGCGUGGCUGUGCGUGUUGCUGAAGAUGACGAUCUUCGCUAUCUGGGCCCCAUUCGCCGCUCCAUGCACCACAUGGAUGACUCUCAGUUUGCACUGCCUGUGUUGGAGCGACACGAUUGUGUGGAUGCUGGGUCGGAUUAUGCCAGGGUCAUUGAUAUCAUGGUCGAUGUCAAAGUCAUGGCGGAGUCGGAUCUAUGUGGCCUUGCAUUUGACAAUCGCCGCUCGAUGUUCGUUUCGCGUGCGCAUGGGACGGACGAAACGGACGAUCCUGUGGAUCUUGCCAUGCGUGCCAUGGAUGCAUCACGGACCCAAGACUCAUGGUUCAUCGUACAAGGCCGUCACCGCAAGCGUGACUCUACAGCGCCAUCGGCCACUGCUGACGUGUCAUCGGCGCCCUCGGGCAUGUCACCACAGACAGGUCCUGGCGCAGCAGGAACAGGAUGGCCUUCUCAUCUUUGGACGAGCCCUUGGGCAUGGUCGACCUUGUCUGAUGGGGCCGCUGCAGUCGCUCCAGGAACUUGUGACAUGACUUGGUCGUCUACUACCAAGCCCGGUGGCUCCAUUUGGUGA